AUGGUUUGUCAAAACCUUGAUACACGUCGAAACAUUAAAACAACAUUUGUACGUAUAAAACAGGAAAUGUGGUUUUUCAAAAAUAUUUUUCUUGUAUUUGGUCUACAGUUAGGAAAUAAUAAGACUCUAAUAAUAAACAAUAUUUUUGCUUUGGGUAAUAAUGACACCAAAUCAAUUUGUGUCAACGACUUUAUAGCAGUUGAUUACACUUCAUCUUCUGUUGUUGUAAAAGAAAAAUGGGAAUGUUAUGAUAACCUUAAAGAUGCAGAUAAGAAGAUUAAAGGACUAAAUCUUAACAUAGGGUGCUACACUUCAAGAACCAAUUUCUACCUUGAUCGUUUGAAUUAUUCCACAGCAAAAUGUGGGGAAUAUUUAUUAGUUGUGGGCCCUUCACAAAUUCAAUACUAUUGUAUGGUAAGAGGAUGGAUGAACUUAGAGUUUGAAGAAAAGACAGAUGAUAUCAAAAAUAGUAUUAUUGGAAUAGAUACAUAUUUAUACAACAGACUCAGUUCUGGACUACAAGGAUCAAUUAACUACUUAUCUCAAGUGACCAUCGCACCAACUGAAAUUGCUCUUGGUAGACCUCCUUCAAUUUACGUUGUGCGAAUGAAUUCAAGUGGUGUUGUAAUUCAAAUAGGAAACUCCAACAAGAUAGUAGAGAGAAUAAAAAUAAAGUCCAAUGUAAUGGAAAGAGAAAUACCAAUGGAAAAGGACGCCACAUUCAUUUUGCCUGCCAUAGAAGAGAUGGUCACUUUAAGUUUAAUAUCAAUUAAUAACGAUAAAAUAACGACCCCACUUGUUAAUAUCACUAACGAAGAAACCAUCGACUUUGAUGUUUCAUUUGAAUCAAGAAAGAAUAAGUCAUGUCGUUUUAUUAUUGAUGAAGAAGUGUUCACAGAAGGUGUUCCACGUACGAAAUCCACUUUAUUGCUAUGGGAUAUAUGGCAACUACAAUUGAACGGAGAUGGUAAACCUGUUGAUAUAGUGAAUAAUACAAUUGUAAUAAUACCAAUAGUUACUAUUGUCGACCCAACUAGGGGUUUGGCUUCAUUGGCAUUUUAUUAUUCAAGUGAAAUUCUUUUAGGUGACGACUUCAAAGAGUUGUACCUUGAACUCAAAAUAAAAGACGUUAGUAGAUUUAAGUUACAAGCAACAAGGUAUGCUCGAAACAAAUAUUCCAAAAACUAUACCCUUGCUGAGAGAGAAGUUUUUGGAGAUCUUGAAACCAAAUACUAUUAUGGAGAAGAUGGAGAGACUGUGUACAUGCGAGUGGCAAUCAAUAAAGGAUCUCGUGUCUAUGCAAAUAUGGUAAUUGUAAAUACACUCAUCCCAAUUAAUACCACAAUGACUUUAAAAAAAGCCACUUUCACAAGAACAAGCGAGUUAACUAAUCAAUACAAUUGUGAUUACAAAACAGUCAAUUGUUAUCAAACUGAAUGUACAAUAACAAAUGUUUCAAUUAAAGAUGGGACCAAUAUUUGGCAAGAUGGUUGUUAUCCAAGUUGUGGAGUUUGUGGCUCUGGUUACGUUUGUACGACAAGUGGCAGAUGUCAAGCUGAGAAAAAUUACAACCAGAGAGAUGAAGUGAAUUAUUUUUCUAUCUCAGGAGUUCUAUUGUUUAUGUUAUUACUAUGA